UAAUCCUCCUGCCUCAGCCUCCUCGAUUGCUGGGAUUACAGGUGUCCACCACCAUUGCCGGCUUCAUCCUGGGUCAUAAAAGGGUCCUGCCCAUCGCUGAGGUUCUACCUCCACCAUCUCUCCUGGAAGUGGGGAGGAAACACCUUCCUCUGAAGGAGAGAGGGGUAAUCACCGAAGCACAGGAACGCUGCUGAGCACCGCUGCGCUGGGCUCCUUCCUGGAAUCCUCAUGCCACCUCCCACCCCACCCCAAGGCAGGGCUGUCACCCCCAUGGAGCAGAUGAAGAAACUGAGCCUCGCAGGGGUGGAGUCCCUCAGCCCACGUCACAGAGGUAGGAAGAGGCAGAGCCAGGGUUGGAGGCCAGGGUUGGCUGCUGUCAGGGCCCGGGCCUACCCCGCCUUGUUGCACAUCUGGUUAGGGGAGAGAGGAGAGGACGAUCAGCAAAGAGAUCUAGCUGAAAACACACCAGCUGGGAGCAGUGGGGAUCCGCAGCCGGGUUUCGCAGAUGAGGAAACCGAGGUGGCUCACAGGCCGGAAGUCAUCGGGCUCAGGUUACACGGCAUCCAGUCCCUGUCUCCCUCUUUGUUCCCAGAGGCCCGCCCUGUCCCCCUCCAGGCUAUGAGGAUUCUACGGUUGAUCACACUUGCUCUGGUGACAGGGCAUGUAGGGGGAGAGACCAGGAUCAUCAAGGGUUACCCGUGCCGUCCUCACUCCCAGCCCUGGCAAGUGGCCCUGUUCCAGAAGACACGGCUGCUGUGCGGGGCAACCCUCAUCGCCCCCCGAUGGCUCCUGACAGCAGCCCACUGCCGCAAGCCCCAUUACCAGGUCCUCCUGGGGGGACACAACUUGCACCAAGACGAUGGCUGUGAGCAGAGGCAAACGGCCACUGAGUCCUUCCCGCACCCACACUUCAACAACAGCCUCCCCAACAAAGACCACCGCAACGACAUCAUGCUAGUGAAGCUGCCCAAAGCAGCCAGCAUCACCCGGGCUGUGCGACCCCUCGCCCUGCCGUCACGCUGCGUCACCGCCGGCACCAGCUGCCUCAUUUCCGGCUGGGGCACCACUUCCAGCCCCCAGUUGCGGUUGCCCCACACCCUGCGCUGUGCCAACAUCUCCAUCAUCCAACACGAGGAGUGUGAGGGCGCCUACCCCGGCAACAUCACGGACACCAUGGUGUGCGCCAGCGUGCAGAAAGGCAAGGACUCCUGCCAGGGUGACUCUGGGGGCCCGCUGGUCUGUAACGGGUAUCUUCAAGGCAUUAUCUCCUGGGGCCAGGACCCAUGUGCCGUUUCCAGAAAGCCCGGCGUCUACACAAAAGUCUGCAAAUACGUGGACUGGAUUCAGAAGAUCAUGCACAACAAUUAGCAGGAUCCGCUCACACGGUCAAUAUCUCAGUGUUUUGAAGUCUGCUCCUUCUUGUAAGAAACCCUCAGUCAAGACUGUAGUAUGUUCAUUUCCUUUGGACUGCCUUCGCUACAUGAGGUACCACAACUUUAUUAAUCAGCUUAGGGUUUGGACUCAGAAUCCUGAAUUCAGGUCCUGUCUUGGACUAAUUUGUCAUACCAGAAAUGAUAACUGUUUUGUCUAUUUUAUCCCUGAUCCUGAAACUAUUCUUGGCAAAGGCUGAAGUUUCAAUAAAUAUUUGAAGAAUGAAAGAA